UGUAGAACUUCCUACAGCUGCGGUUCAUAUUUACGACGACUGUCUUCCCCUUCGUAUAGAUGCUGAAACUGAGCCUAACCAUGUCCUAUAUUUUCUACUCUUCGCGCAGAUUUCUGAUGAAUGCUUCUGUAGCUGGAUGAUUCGUCAACCGACCCUGCAGAUUAAUUAUUCGCACAAACUCGUUGACAUUGCUAAGAUGUCGCCCCGUCUGCAUUGGCUCUAUCUCGAAGGCAAACACGUUCAUGUUUACUGUGAGCACGUCAUGGCACCACCUGCAUUCUUUCGUUUGCCUAGGUCGAAAUUCCACCCGUUGAUGAUUAAUCUGAUUUAGUCGUAAAUUUCCGUGGGGUCAAUGACCAAGUCUAUUCUCUUUGCUGAGUAAUGUUUUCUGCAUUCUGAUUACAUAGCACUCUAAAGAAUAUAGGAAGGUUUUCCUCCUUGUUGAGUUUCAAUCCCGGUUUGUAGCAAGCCUCACUAUGUACUUGUGAAGCAGGGUUCUGGCCGGAUUUCUAGCUCAGAACGAAAGUCAAGGACAUUGGGUUGACCGUCGAUUCUUUCCGCUUAACCACGAUUAACAGUGAAGAUGGUAUUCCGCGGGUACACUUAGCUUUGUCAUCUCUCGACCCACGAAGCAUCCACGGUGGCGGCCAUGGAUUACGCGUGGACGUUUCCCGGGGCCCUAUUCAUACCGAGAAAUAUGCCCAUUCCAAACGAACAGAAGGUUCUUCUGCUCAAGACUGAGCGAGGCGACUUCACCAUUGAGCCAUAUGGCGUUGAUAAACCUGGACCAGGUGAAGUCCUUGUCCGAAUCGAAUCCACUGCUCUCAAUCCUGUUGAUUGGAAGAUCAAAGCAUGGGGAUACCUACACACAGUCAAGGAGUACCCCGCUAUCGUGGGGACUGACGCUGCCGGUGUAGUUGUAGCUCUCGGUGAGGGCGUAACCAAAUUCGCGGUCGGCGAUAAGAUCUUCCACCAAGGUUAUUUCGCGAAUCGCCUCGCGACUUUCAAGCAAUAUACAAUCAUUUCAGCUGAGAUUGCAGCCAAGAUACCAGAUAACAUCACUUUUGACCAAGCCGCUACGAUCCCUCUCGGCAUUGCUACUGGUGUCACUGGGCUCUACGCUCAGGCACGGGAGGGCGGUGGCGCAGAGCUUACUCCCCUUUGGAAACCUGGCGGAAGAGGAAAGUACGCCGGUCAGCCUAUCGUGAUAUUCGGAGGGUCUUCGUCUGUCGGACAAUACACAAUCCAACUCGCUAGAUUAUCUGGUUUCUCACCUAUUAUCACGACCGUUUCGCCCCACAACAACGAUUUCGUCAAGACUCUAGGUGCUACACAUACAAUCGAUCGUCGUCUCUCGUCUUCCGAGAUCAUUGCCGAAGUCAAGAAGAUUACGUCAGAACCUAUUAAGAUUGUCUAUGAUGCUAUCUCACUCGGGUCCACCCAAGAGAUUGCGUAUGAGAUCACAGCUUCUGGGGGCACACUCGUUCUUACUCUUCCGAGCGAGGUUCCUGACGAGAAGCUAACUCCGUAUAAGAAAAUAGUUUUCACACUCGGAUCGGUGCAGGUUCCUGAGCAUAGGGCACUUGGAAUUGAAUUAUACCAGAAUCUCACGCAGCUCGUUGCCUCGGGCGAAAUCAAGCCAAACCCGGUUGAAAUACUGCCUGACGGGCUUGCCGGCAUUCCUGAUGGACUGGAGAGGAUGAAGAAGGAUUUAAUCAGCGGAAAGAAGCUCGUUGCUCAUCCUCAGGAGACUUAAGACCGUAUCCUGCUCAACCUGAAAGUGUCUACCUUUCGCCACACAUUUCUAGAACAUUCUAUUUUCAGACCAUGAUCCUGGCUAUCCAUUUCUCGCUAUGGACUACUAUGAUACGUAGUGUCCGUUGUACAUCAUUUAGAGCCGCAUACAGCAUCAGGAAGCAUCCAUGGACAGGGUUCCUUCAAUUUUGGAAUCAAUAGGAGCAUCUAUGCCUGCGCUACCGCUCUGUGUGGACGUACCAGUAUCCGAUAAUGAGCUUCUAGCGGCGAAUUGUAUGCUUAGAUGUAGCUCGGUGUCAGACAACGGGAGUGAUGGGGGCUGCUCAUAGAUUGCUCCACGUCUUAGAAGCCGGAAGACACGACAAGCCAUUGCGUUUUGUAUCGCAAUACCAGGUAUCGUCAUAGUUCCCCGAAUUACAGAUGGAAUCGAGGGAACAAAAAGAAUGACCACAGAGAAGAUCGUGACGCCAACGGAGGCCCUGAGGAUCACAAUAAGCACUGGUAUGAUUGAACGUAGAGUGCUGUACUGACAGAUAAUAUAACUGACCCGUUUGUAAUAGAGCUCUAGAUAUAUGACCUAGACCUUUCCCGCUGAUGAAAGACUUCAUUUGACCUUGCCAGGAGUCCGCCCAUCCAAUAUAGGUAACCACUCGGACAGAUAUCGCCACAAAAACGACGGUAUCGAAGACGACCACGGCAACGAAUGCAAACGCACUAAGGCUUUGAACGUCAAGAAGGCAAUGUGGGCUGUGGUCAUUGAUGGCCUUGAUAGUAAAGGGUCCAGCUAGAGAUCCCAGUGUGAAAAGCCACAGAACACAAAACAUUGCAAAUAUUUUGUGUGACUGAUAAAAUACGCCUCUGACCCGGAGGAGAAACAGGAGUGAGUUGCAUGGGAGGGCUAGUGCCCCAAACCAAUCAGCGAUUUUCG